GAGAAACAAGGAACGCGCAACGUAUUUUAAAACACGGGUUAGAACCCGAUCUGGCAACCACGCAAAAAAGAAGCAAACUCUGGUUUUAAACUCACCUUAUUUGUCCCCGGAAAGUGCCCGAGUCAAUGCAUGGAGUGGACGGAGCAAGCCUCGCUUCCACUUCCAAAGGUCAAAAAUCCAUUUUCACGUGUAGUCCCCAGUGUCCACUUGAUCUUAUCCAAAAUGCCGAGAAGCGAUACCGCAAUGGGAGCCGGAGAAGGCGCUGGCUGUCGGGAUGGAGGUUGGUGGGUCAGACGUCCGGCACCGAUGGUCUGGGUCCAUUCCUCAAUGUGUGCAUUUCACUCUAUACGUGUAAAAACAACAACAUACAAAUACAUACAGAAACAGUUAUCACUUAUACAAAAAGAAACAUGAAGGUAAAGCUUCAGUUAAUUUGCUUGCUGAUUGCUUUUUGCAUGCACAUACAAAACUGAACAAAACUGAUAUACUAAACAAAAUAGGCCCCAAAAUGCCAAGUAGAGGUAACUGCAGACUGGAGCAAUAGGCGUGCCAUAAGGUUGGAAAGAAAUGGGGUGUGCCAUAAGGAAUGGGGGUGCCGUAAGGUAUUUUCAAUUGGACGCGAAAAGCUUCCUGGUCCACAUAAAAGCGAGCCAUAAACUUAAUCACUAAUUACACAAAUAAUUAUAAAAGACAAAAUACAUGUCUUAUACUGUAAAAAUAGCAAUAAUGAUGGAAUACAUUCUAAAGUAUGUUACCUUCGAAACCUGUAUGACGCGGGUUACAUGACGUCAUCGCCACCGCGACUUUUUUAGGAUCAGUCAUUAAAAAACAUUUAUACUGUUUGUGAUAAAUAAACUUUUUAUAACACAUCACUUGAAGAUAUUAAACAUUUAUUUUGUAUUGCCCUUUCUCUAUUUAAUUUUGGACUGACUUUGAAAUAGAUAAACUUCCUAAAAUAGAAACUCCUAGAUGUAGAAUUUAGAACCUCACAUUUUACUUUGUUUCCAAAACCCAUAUUUUUCUGAAAAACUAAACUAUAUAAUUGAAUUAUUUUAAAGGGACACAAGGCAGCAUUUUUAUGUUAAUAAAUCAUCUUCGUAAGUCGGUAUAUGGUUAAAUGACUCAUUACAUGACGAAUGAAGACCCUCUCGCCCGCCCCUACCGUCUGUAGGAAGAAUACCCCACUUGCAAGUUCGCUGUAUCCGACCCGGUGUCAUUCAGUCUCGCAAAGUCUCAGAUAUCGCGAGAAGCAGGAUCACUUUACGGCAAACAACACAGAGGAGGCGGUUCAGAGAAACACGGGACGCGGCUAGCGAUUGUUUCAAAUGGCAGAGCCGGGGAAGAAGCAGCAACGAAAACCCUUGACUGAAGAGUCCAAGAACAGGAAAAGAGCUUCAGACCGAACGAGGGCUCGUACACGUAUAAAUAUUGGUCAAGCGUUUUCUGAAUGGCGAGAGCUAAAAGACAACGAAGGCUCAAAGUCAGAUGCAGACCUCGCAUUCUUGCUUUUGCGCUUUUACAAGCGCUGGCAGGUUACAUCCACACCAAGCAAAACCCACUCCAGACUACCAAAACCACCUGUUUCCAGUAUCACAGAAGACUCGGAUCGAGACCAGGAUGUUCCUGUAAAUCUUCCUGAGCUUUGUGUGCAGCCGUUGUCUAGAGAGGGAGAAGUUGGCGAUUUGGAAACGAGCAUGCACUCUAUGAGCAUUGAAGAGCACCACCACGAGUCUUCAGAUGAAGAGGGGGCCAAUGAUUUUAGGAAUACUAUCAUUGAGUUUGAUGAAUUUGCGGCAGAUCCAAGUCUCUUGGGGUUGGAGGGAGACAGUUCAGAUGAGGAUUUUGUCCCUUCUCUUCAUUUACGAAUGGUUGGAGAUAAGGCAAAUGACCUGGCUGAAAUCAGUGUGGAUGAGGCCGUAAUAGACAUUGACAUACCCGACCCUCCCGCUCCUGAAUCAGAGUAUGCCGCACAUUCUCACAAAGUACUCUCUGAGGAUGAUCUGGUCGGUAAAACUGCCAGCAUAACAUAUAACGACAAUCUGCUUGAUCUCGCCAUGCACUUGAAACUACCAGUGCAAAAGUGCACCUUUGCAGACAGAGUGCUAGGCAUAGCAUGCUCUGGUGCACAACCUUUUCAAGUUGCCAUGAAAACACGUGGGACAGGAGUAGUUUUAGAAUGGUUAUGCCCCUUCGGUCACUCCAUAUGGAAAUGGAAUUCACAGCCAACCUUGAAGUUCGGCAUGCAGGGGGGUGACUUUAUGCUGUCUGCCAACAUUCUUCUGUCCGGGAACAACUACAGAAAAGUAGCACUACUCUUCAAGUUUAUGUCGAUGGGUAUGGUUACCGAAUCCACAUUCUACAGAAUCCAGGAUGCUUACUGCAUAGAGCCGGUGCAGGAGUAUUGGGAUAAAACUAGAGCAGAAGUCAUAGACCGUUUACGGCAGAAGGACCAUGUUGUUCUCCUGGGUGAUGGCAGAAUGGAUUCUCCUGGUCAUUGUGCCCAGUUCUGCACAUACACUACAAUUGAACAAGACUCCAGAGAUGUGGUCCACAUUGUUUCCGUUGAUAAACGCGAAACAAAUAAAAACUCUGUCAUCAUGGAGAAGGAGUGCUUUGUUCGCACAAUGGAUGCGCUCCUUCCGGAGCUUUCUAUAAAGGAAGUGGUCACUGAUGCCCACCCACAAAUCACAGCCUUACUGAAUCCAGAGCGUGGCAAAUAUAAAGCGUGGGGUAUUCAGCACUCACUGGAUAUCUGGCAUGCAGCCAAGAGCCUGAGCAAGAAGCUUCGACGGGCUGGGACCGUGAAAAGUCAGACUGGUAUUCAGCCAUGGAUCAAGGACAUAGUCAACCACUUUUGGUACUGCAGUAAGCAUGCGGACACAGAGGAGCGGUUCAAGAUGAUGUGGGUUGGUGUACUUCACCAUGUCUGCAAUGAGCACUCCUGGGCAACCAGUUGCUGCGAACAUGAGCCACUCGACGAAGACAGCCAGGACAAGCCUUGGAUCAUACAAGGUUCAGCUGCUCACAAGGCACUUACUGCUGUUGUCCUUGAGAAAAGAUGGCUGACUCUGGUGAAGAAAUUCAUAAACUUCAGGACCACAUCUGAUUUGGAGUCUUUCCAAAAUCACAUUUUGAUGUAUGCAGCAAAGCGCAUGGCCUACUCACCGUUUGUUUACAAGACUCGGACAUUGCUGGCAGCCAUUGAUUAUAAUAAACACAAUCAACGCCUCCCAGCACGCAACAGAGAUGGACAGAAAAUUUACAGACGGAAGUACAACAAAAAAUCAAAGAGCUGGAGCGUUUACACAAUGAAGGAGAAGAAGCACUACACAUACAUUCCAGAGAUCCAGAGGGCCAUUCUUGCCAGGAGACUGGGAAGGGGGUCUGGUCUUCCCCGCAAACAGACGCUAAGGCCUGAUGACCCAAGGCGUCUGGGUGUACUUGCUCCACAACAGCCACCUCCCACAUCAGAACUAGUGGCGAUUCAUGUCUCACGAGGGGACAGGGGUCCCAGAGAAUUGGAGGACAAUUGA